AUGCAAGACUUGACCGUGAACAACGAGGUUCGGAUCCCGAGCUACCCCUUCAAGGUGGUGCUACUGGGCGAUGGCGGGACUGGCAAGACCACCUUCGUUAAGCGAUUCAUCCAGGAACCCUCGCCGCGCAAGUGGGUACCCAACAUCAGCGUCGAUAUUAAUGUGCUGCGCUUCGACACAGCGCACGGCAAGAUCGCUCUCAACGUGUGGGACACCGCUGGCCAGGAGAAGUACGGCAGCCUGCGUGAUGGGUACCUCAUGAUGGCCGACGCCGCGAUCAUCCUGUUCGACGUCACCGCUCGCCUCACUUACCGUAGCACGCCGGUGGUGAUCUGCGGCAACAAGGUCGACCUCAAGGACCAACGCAGGGUGAAGCCCAAGCAGAUCACCUUCCACCGCAAGAAGAACCUGCCCUACUUUGACAUCUCGGCCAAGUCCAACUACAACCUCGAGAAACCGUUCCUCUUCGUGUGCCGUCGGCUGACGAACGACCCAAAGCUGGAGUUCACGGCCGAGCCCUCCCUCCUGCCGCCCGAGACCGAGAUCGACAGGGCCGCCCAGGACGAGAACGAGGCUCUGCUCGAGACCGCACGCAACCAGGCCCUGCCCGAAGAAGACGAUGAUGACCUGUUCUAA